GAGUUGCCAGACGUGAUAGUGAAGGGAGUGUCCCGACUCCUGGUACAAGUGGUUCCGAGUUACACUGAUGGCCCCUCGAGGAGCAAGUUACGUGAACUGAUUUACACGUUGGCUAAGAAGCAUGCUGCCUCCAUCCCAGCACUUGCCCUGUCCCAGCAGGCUCUUGCGCAGCAGCAUUCAUUGGCGCCUCAUUCAUCGCGUGCACUGGCCCGAAUCCACAUUUUCCCAGCAGAAGUGGCAGCAAGGGUCUGGUGCAUUGCAUUUUCUUCCAAGCACCCCAUUAGCUCAAAAGAGGCUACUGCCCUGACUGAGGCCUUGGCAAUACACUUCUCCCUCACGGUUGCAGCAAAUGACAAUUUUUUGUCCAGCAAGACCCUUAAAACCCUCAGGCCCAUUUUAAAGGAUGCAGAUCUCUUAAAGGCUGUCUGUGAGGCAUUGGUGAGCGGUGAGAUCAGCAUACACCGUGUGAUUCUUGGGGGUCACCUGCUCCAACUCAUGACCCAGGACAAUGUGUCACCUCCUGUUGCUAACAUGAAGCGUGUGCUCACUGAGACCUAUGUGAAGUUGGUCAUCCAGGUUAAGAUCAAGCCAAGACCAUUCGUCUUAGACCAGACACGGCCACUUUUACGCCAGCUGAGCCAUGAAGAUUUUAAAGAACUGAUCUUACCUGCUCUUAAAAAAUCCCUCCUGCGUAAUCCUGAAGUCAUCUUGGAGGCUGUGGCUCGACUUUGUUCAGGGCUCAAUCUGGACCUGAGCCAGUAUGUGGAAGAACUUAGCAAGUUGCUUGCCAGCCCACUUCAUGCCAAAGAAGAUCAAGUGCGCGAUGACACAGUUGAGGUGUGCCGACAGCUUUCAAAGCAGUGUAGUGAUGCAUCAGCUGUGGAAAUACUUGUAAAGCUUGUGUUUGAUGUUUUCUUUGGCUCAGAUGGAAAGUUGACGGUCAAUACUCAGAAAGUGUCUGUCCUACAGGGUGUAGAGGCCAUCAGUGAGCACUGUGUAACUGGGAGCAGCGCUUACAACUUGUCAGUGAUGGUCUUGGAAAAGAUGAUCAAAGUCUUGGAGACGGAAAGUCAUGAGGGGUCACUAGUGCAAGGCCUCUCUGCCCUCACUGCCUGGGCAGGCAAGUUCAACACUGACAUCCCCCCAAAACUGAUUGAAUUCUUCCCGAAAGGGAUGGGCUUGAAAACUUCAACCACAAGUGUGAGGGCAGCGUAUAUUCGGUGCCUGUUAGCGUGUGUUACCCCUUCAAGUGCCUUCAAGGCGGCCACCCUCAUCCCCAAACUGAUGGCCUGCAUUGACAAGGCUCUUGGCCAGAGUACCCAGGUGCCAAUGUUAUCUGAGGCAUUGACAGCGACAGUGUUACUAUUGAAGAUUAGCAUGAGUGAUAUGUCUGCGGAAGAGAAAAUUGCUUCAUUGUGGUCAUCAACCCUAGACCUACAGAAGGGAUAUUUCACAGGGGAAAAGUUCUUUACUCAGGCUCCUAAGGAAGGUUUGUUGCAGUUGGUGACAUGGUGUGAAAUUCUUUUGUCACAUCACAUUGGGAAACUGGGAAAUGAGGCAAUGGCAGUGGAGCAGGCACUGGUAUGGUGCCUGGUUUGCCCUCAUUCCCAGGUCAGGCUGGCAGCACAGAACUCGUCCAAAAAGCUGGUUGCCUCACUAGGUGGAGGACAGCUGGCGGCAGAUCUCCUAAGCAGCUUGACAGUAAUGAUGCAGAAUGCGAAAGUUCAAAAGGCAGACGAACCAGAUGCAGGCGGAGGCAGUGGAGUAGGAGAGCUGAGCCCUGCUGGGGUGGCUCAAGCUCUCAUUGUCAUCUGCUCUCCCAGCAAUCUAGACAGGAGCCAGAAGGAGAGGCUAGCUGUGUUGGCUCUUCCUGCGGCUUUCCACCCUUCAAUGGUUCGUGAGAAUCCUAACUUGUGGGAGCAGGUGUGCCGUGCUCAGGGUCUAAAUGCAGAAGAGGUCAUUAAGAACCAGGAGGGAGACCUUGUUCCACAGCUUACAACAGAAUACAUUCCAUCACCAAUCAAUGAGUCGGUCUUAGCAGGCCUAGCUCGUUUAGGAGGUAGAGUCGUUAUUCCGCCAGUAGUAAAGUAUGCCAUCAAUCACCUAAACAACCCAAAGUUGACACAGGUUUCGGAGGAAGACUUUGCAAUUUUCAACACACCUGAAGGCACGCUGUACAAUCAGUCUGUUGUGGAGGAGGCCUUUGAAGAUCAUUUGAAUAUUCAGAAUGUAAAGAAAUCUAACAAGGUUUACAGCCACAAAGAGCAGCUGAUGAUGCUAGAGGAGAAGAAGAAGGAGCUUGAAAAGAAGAGAAAGGAAGGAAAACUAGAAUUAACAGCCAAACAGAAGGAAGUCUUGAGAGCCCAAACAGAAAAGGAGAAUGCAACAAGAGAAAAAGUCCGAGCGCUGCAAGAGAGUGUAGCCGGAGCCAUGUCAAUGUUGAAUGCUCUAGUGGCAGGCAACCUAGAUGACCUUGCUCCCCAUUUCAUGCACAUUGUUCCACUCCUGACCUCAUCUCUGAAGUCAAGGGUUAUUGCCCAGCAAUGCUGUGAUUUAUACCUCAAGCUGAGGAUGGCAGUCUUUGAAAGUGAAGAUGAUGUCUUUGCGCACACAUUGGCACGCACCACAGUUCGAGUUUGUGGUCCUGUCAUGCCAAUACCAUGGGACUGGGAAGGAGAAAGCCUAGGUGCAGCAGCCCAAAGAACGCUAGACAUGCUACACGAAGCCACUGUGCCAAAGAAAUCCGCAAACGAGGAUGACGAUGAGAAGUAUUAUUGUGCCCCGGGCUUUGUGUACUGCCUACCCUUCCUGGAGUGGGUCCUCACAAAGCGACUGGGUGGAGAGGAGAAGUUUGAGGUUGUGGCAGGGAAGGCUCUGCAGGUGAUCAGUGAGCACAUGGCCAUGAGGGGAGCUGAUGAGGAGGACCUCUACCAUCCGUGCUUCCUGCCUCGCAAACACCUCCUCACGCUCUUGAUUAACGUUAUAAGCACAAGCUCUGGCCGUACACAACAGACUGCAUGUGCUGUGCUGGAAGAGAUGUGUCAGUGUGCGUCAGGUGAUAUUGGCUGCGAUAAAGCUUCUCUUGAUGAGAUCAAUGUCCUUCUUAAUGCACUGCAGGUGCCACAACAGGCGGUCAGAGAUGCAGCACUCAGGGGUUUGAUUGUGGUGGUGAACUGUUUUCCUACUAUGGAAACUGACCAGGAGACUAGUCUACACAUCACCCACCGACUCUGGGUUGCAAGGCAUGACAUCUCAGAGGAUGUCUCUAAGCUGGCUCUGAAGCUUUGGGAAAUGGCCGAUAUGCAGGCAACAGGAGCUCUGAGUGAAGGUGUCUUGCGAGACAUUGUCCACCCUGUUGGUGCUGUGCGUGAAGCUGGUGCUGUAGCUCUGGCUGCCCUCGCAACAGAAUAUCAGGAUCUUGUAGCUCCCGUUACAUUAGAACUCAUUGAAAUAUUUAAGGCCAAGAAGGAGAUGACCCCAGCAGUGCGUGACCAGUAUGACCGCAUAGUCAAGGAGGCAAUUGACCUAUGGGAAGGGCGAGCGGGUGUGGCAAUGGCCCUGACCCAGCUAGCACCCUUGUUCAGUCGUGAAACAGUUGUGACCCUUGCCAAUUUCUUUGUCCCUGGUGCUCUAGGUGAUCGUAAUUCUGAAGUGAGGAACAAGAUGCUGGCGGCUGCUAUGGCAGUUGUCAAUUGCCAUGGAAAGGAAACUGUGAAUAGUCUUCUGCCAGUGUUUGAAAAGUUCCUCAACACAGCACCCAAGCAUGCAAGCUAUGAUGCUGUCAGGCAGAGUGUCAUCAUCCUCAUGGGCUCCUUAGCCAAGCAUUUGGAUCACACAGACCCUAAGAUCAAACCCAUUGUUGUCAAACUGGUUGAAGCCCUCCACACUCCAUCACAGCAGGUCCAGGAAGCAGUGGCCAACUGUCUCCAUCCUCUCGUCCCAGCCAUCAGAGACGAGUGUCCCAAACUUGUGACGAAACUCAUGAAGGUUCUCCUUGAGUCCAAUAGCUAUGGAGAACGUAAGGGUGCGGCUUAUGGGCUUGCAUCUCUGGUGAAGGGCAUGGGUAUCCUGGCUCUCAAACAGCUGGAUAUCAUGAAUCAACUUACCAAUGCCAUCCAGGACAAAAAGAACUACAAAUUCAGGGAAGGAGCCCUCUUUGCCCUCGAGCAGUUAUGCAACAUGCUAGGGAAGCUGUUUGAGCCCUACAUUGUGCACAUUCUGCCACACCUGCUUUUGUGCUUUGGUGAUAAUAAUCAUUACGUCAGGCAAGCUGCCGAUGACACCGCAAAGGCUGUCAUGGGCAAGCUUUCGGCCCACGGUGUGAAGCUUGUCCUGCCGUCCCUCUUAGCUGCGCUGGAGGAGGAUUCGUGGAGAACAAAGACAGGGUCUGUCGAGCUUUUAGGCAACAUGGCUUUCUGUGCCCCCAAGCAGUUGUCAUCUUGUCUACCCUCAAUUGUGCCAAGACUGAUUGAAGUAUUGAGCGAUUCGCACACAAAAGUACAACAUGCUGGGGGUCAGGCGCUCAAGCUGAUUGGCUCCGUUAUCAGGAAUCCUGAGAUUCAGGCUAUUGUACCAGUAUUACUUGAUGCUCUGCAAGACCCCAGCAGGAACACAUCAACUUGCCUACAGACAUUGCUCGAGACGAAAUUUGUCCAUUUCAUUGAUGCCCCAUCGUUGGCUCUCAUCAUGCCUGUAGUCCAGAGAGCAUUCCAAGAUAGGUCAACUGAGGUCCGAAAAAUGGCGGCGCAGAUCAUUGGCAAUAUGUACUCGCUGACAGACCAGAAGGACCUCCAGCCUUACCUCCCAGCCAUCAUCCCAGGCUUGAAGGCUUCCUUGUUGGAUCCUGUGCCCAAGGUGCGUGCUGUUUCAUCGCGUGCGCUGGGAGCCAUGGUAAAGGGCAUGGGAGAGUCCAGCUUUGAUGACCUCCUGCCCUGGCUGAUGCAGACACUGACCUCAGAGUCUUCGAGUGUUGAUCGUUCGGGAGCAGCUCAGGGUCUGGCAGAGGUUGUGGGUGGCCUAGGUCCAGAAAAGCUGCACCGCCUGAUGCCUGACAUCAUUGCCACAGCUGAGCGUUCUGACAUCGCCCCGCAUGUGAAGGACGGCUACAUAAUGAUGUUCAUUUUCCUCCCAACGGUGUUCCAGGAUGAGUUCACCCCGUACAUUGGCCAGAUCAUCCCACCUAUUCUGAAGGCCCUUGCCGAUGAGAAUGAAUUUGUUCGUGAAACUGCCCUCAAAGCUGGUCAGAGGAUUGUCAACACAUAUGCUGAAUCAGCCAUCACGUUGCUGCUGCCCGAACUUGAGGCUGGCCUGUUUCAUGACAACUGGCGUAUUCGAUACAGUUCUGUACAGCUGUUGGGAGACCUGCUGUUCAAGGUAUCAGGUGUGUCUGGUAAGAUGACAACAGACACUGUCAAUGAAGAUGACAACUUCGGUACAGAACACUCUCAGAGGGCUAUUAUUGACAUCUUGGGUCCAGAGAGGCGCAACAGGGUACUGGCUGGGCUCUACAUGGGUAGAUCGGAUGUUGCCGUGUUGGUAAGGCAAGCUGCACUUCACGUCUGGAAGGUUGUGGUCACCAACACCCCCAAGACCUUGCGAGAAAUUCUUCCCACUCUCUUCUCGCUCCUCCUUGGUCACCUCGCUUCUACAAGCUGUGAUAAGAGACAGGUGGCAGCACGUACGCUCGGAGAUCUUGUACGCAAACUUGGUGAGCGUGUUUUGCCAGAAAUCAUUCCCAUAUUGGAAGCUGGGUUGGGGUCUCCUGAGGCUGACCAUAGACAAGGUGUUUGUAUUGGUCUCUCUGAGAUUAUGGCAUCCACUAGUAAGGAUAUGGUUCUGUGCUUUGCUGACAAUCUGGUGCCAACUGUAAGACGAGCUCUGUGUGAUCCUCUGUCAUCAGUGCGUCAGGCUGCUGCCCAGACCUUUGACUCCUUACAUAGCACUGUAGGAUUCAGAGCUUUGGAUGAUAUCUUGCCACAUCUUCUUGCACAACUAGAGAACGAGGAUGAGACAAAGGAAUAUGCUCUUGAUGGCUUGAAGCAAGUUAUGGCUAUCAAGAGUAGGGUUGUGUUGCCAUAUCUUGUUCCUCAGUUAACUACACCACCGGUCAACACCCAAGCACUGUGCAUCCUGGCCUCUGUUGCUGGAGAUUCCCUUACGCGCCACCUAAGCAAAAUCCUGAUAGCCCUCCUUGGAGCUCUUAGCGAGGCUGCAGGAACUCCUGAAUAUGAUGAGGCCUUGAGUCAUUGCCAGGGUGUAGUUCUUGCUGUUGUGGAUGAUGCUGGAGUUACUACUAUUGUUGAUGAGCUGUUGCAGCACUCCAAGGGAAACAACACCGGAAUGUCACGUGCCUCUGUAGCUCUGUUGCUUGCAUUCUGCUCGAACACAAGGGCUGACUACAGUGACUAUGUACCGCAACUGUUGCGUGGCUUGAUUCACCUCUUCACCCACACAGAUGAUGAAAUCAUUAAGACUGCUUGGCUGGCUCUAAGUGCUGUGACCAAGAGCUUGGAUGCAGCUGACCAGAAAUCUUUAGUACCAGAUGUCCGACAAGCUGUCAAGUUUGCAGCCUCAGAUCUCAAAGAAGGACAACUUAUGCCUGGUUUCUGUUUACCCAAAGGCAUUCAGCCAAUCUUACCCAUCUUCCGAGAGGCUGUGCUUAAUGGUGAACCAGAACUCAAGGAAGCUGCCUCUAAUGGUCUUACUGAGGUGAUCCGGUUGACAAGCUCAGAUGCUCUCAAGCCUUCAGUAGUUCAUGUUACUGGUCCUCUUAUUCGUAUUCUUGGAGAUCGUUUUGCAUGGAAUGUCAAAGUGGCAGUGUUAGACACGCUAGCACUGUUGCUGGCUAAGACUGGAGUAAUGCUGAAGCCAUUCCUGCCGCAACUGCAGACUACCUUUGUCAAGGCAGUGCAUGACCCCCACCGUGGUGUGAGGCUUCGUGCUGGUGCAGCUCUCUCCCAUCUCAUUACAAUCCAUACUAAACCAGAUCCACUCUUCACUGAAUUGCACAAUGCUGUCAAAACAUCAGAUGACUCUGCUAUUAGAGAUACGAUGAUUCAAGCACUGAGGUGUGUCAUACAGCCGGCAGGAGACAAGAUGAGUGAGAAUGUCCGCAAAGGCAUAUUGUCAACCUUGGGAGGUCUGCUCUCUCAUGACAAUGACUCCACACGCCUCUGUGCUGCUGGUGCCAUAGGUGUCCUUCUGCCCUGGCUCCCUCCAGAUGAUCUGCGCUCAGCUCUCACCCAAUAUGUGUUAGAUGAUAAUGUAAAUGCUGACUGGACAGUCAGACAUGGAAGAUCAGCAGCUCUGUUCUCUGCCUUGAAGUCAGCUCCGGGUAAAUUACUGGAGAUUAAUUCCGCUGACCAAAUAAUUGCAGCGCUUAUUUCAUAUAUGUCAUCAGAUCGUUCUUCUUUAGUGGAGAAUGCAAUGGCAGGUAUUGCCUUCUUCCUGGCACACCAGCUGAAGAAAGGUGCUACUGUACCCGCACAACUUCUUCAGCCGUUUGCUAAGCUCAUCAACCACAACAGUAAUGAGGUGAAACAGGGAAUGUGCCGAGCCUGCCAGUAUACAGCGGAGAAUCUGUCUGCAGAAAAGGGCAUGCAGAUUCCACGCGAAGUUGCUAAACCUCUGGUGCCCAUGCUGGUGAAUGGCACCAAGGAGAAGAACCAGGUGGUGCGGUCGUCUGCAGAAAUGGCGCUCGUAGCAAUACUGUUGCUGAAGGAAGGGGACCAGGGACAGCAGGUGAUACUAAAUUACCUGGAGGGGGGAGCUCGGGAGCCCCUGAACGAGGUGAUCAACAAGUCCCUCCGGCGGGCUACCUACAUCCCGGUGACGGACUCCGAGAUCGACCCGACGCUGCUCACGUGAUCCCGCGACCCGCCAUAGCAUAAAAAGAAAGGGGGAGGAAGAGGAGGAGGAGGAGCACCACCACCAUCCUGCGUUCUCGUGGGUCGCGCAUCAGUGCAUCUCGCUGGCGACUUGUAUAGGAGGUUAUACAAGAUGACAGGAAUAUUUUUAUGACCUUUCUAGCGCUAUUAACAAAGUUAAAGUAAUAAAAAAAACAACUUCUUUGCGUGCUGACGACAAAAAAGUAAUCCAACAGCUGUGUUACGUAAUUCCUUCGCUAUUUUUUUCGAAUCUUUUGGGUAAGAAAGGAUUAUGAUUAUGAUGAUAACUUCAGUCCGGUCUGGAGUUUGCUAAUCUGGAGAUAAGAUAAAAAAAAACACCCAAAGGUUUGGCAAAGUUACUGCACUGCUGUCUAUCCUUGCCACUUCAGCUUUUUUGGCAUUAUAUUUUGAACCACUUUUGUUAUUGGGAAAAGGAAACUUUUUAUAUAAUGUGUUGCUCUCUCUUUGUUCGGGUCGUCGGCUUAACCAUAUCUUUUGUUCAGUCUUGCCAAGACCUGAUCAUUUGUUUAUCCCUUUUUUAUUAUUACUUUGAUAUGUUCAUAAAAGUCUUGAAGAGAUAUUAUUGGUGCAACCUGUCAGCAAUCUUAAACAGAAGCAGGGAAGAUGAGUAUUUAUAUAAUAUUUUCAUAAAACCCUAAGAAAUAUAUAUCACUUAGUAACAAAGGCUUGCAAACGGUGGUUAUAACGACACAGAGUUUAUUGUUGAAUGGCUUGGAAAAAAGAAGUACAGGGACUUUAAAAAUGGUAAAGUAUAUGACAAAAAAGUUUUUAUUUUUCUUUAUUUUUCGUUUUCGUUUUAUAUCUCUUGUGAAAUAUUUCUAAGUAAAUUAAUGACCGUUUCAA